UUGGCUUGGAAAGACAUUUGUAAAUGGAAGGCGGGGUUAUUUGAACUACAUGGUAAUUUGAAACUCAUUUCUCCUUUUUCUUUUUUUAGAUCAAUAGCAAACCUAAUGUCUUCAUUGCGUCUGAUGGUCAUUUUCAAUCUAUAGUAAAUCAUUAUGACCGUGAACAUCGUAUUUACAGCUUGAUGAAAUGGAUUCUUCGUGUUCAUCGUCGUGAUCCCAAUCGAACUACCCCCUUGAUGAUGGUUGAUGCUGGUUCAAAUCACGGUUUAUUCUCCAUGGUGGCUGGUGUCAGUGGUGCUCAUGCUAUUGCUUUUGAACCUCAAACUCAUUUACGAAGUGUCAUUAAUUUUGGUAUUCGUACUAAUGAAAUCUCCGACCGUGUUCGUGUACUUCCAUUUGCAGUAUUGGAUGGAUAUCGUGAAUUACACAUGAGUGGAUUCGAAUUAGAUGAUGGAGGUAUUGGAUCUCUGGAUUACAACAAUGCCAAUUCGGCUAUCAUUACACAAACCAUUCGUUUGGAUGCUAUUCCUAGUUAUGAUUUAUUAUACACCUUCAAUCAAGGCCGUACUCAUCGCAAGACAUUGAUGACUCCUGAAGAACUUGGAUCUGAAUAUGCCAAUGCUUUGAAAAAGGGUUUGGAAGAUGAAAAGAAAGGAAUCAAGACUGAUAAGGUGAUACCUGAACGUGUUAGCCUCCGAGAUCCUAUUCACUUUUUGAAGAUUGAUGUUGAAGGUUUUGAAUUACAUGCUUUAGAAUCUGCUUCAAAGCUAUUUGAAAAUAACUUGGUGGAACAUGCUGUCCUUGAAUUUGGUCCUCCUGAUCGAUGGGAUGUUACUUUUGAAGAAGGUUUGGAUGUUGCUGAAAAGCGUCGACGAUCUGUAGCUCAAUGUAAACGUAUUGUGGGCAAAAUGAUGAAUGAAUAUGGAUUCGAUGCAUAUGUACUUCCUUCUAUUGGUUGGGGCAAUACAGUAAACUUUAUGGCUAGGAACGGAAAGGAUUUCAGUCACGGUAGUACUUCGGGUAACAAGAUCGUUCAUCGACUGAAUUAUUAUGACUUUGACAAGAAACCUUUGGAAAAUGAUGAAUUCGAACAAGAAAUGGAAGCUAAAAACCAACUCAUUACUGAAUAUGUACCUUUACCUGUGGAUAUGAUGGAAAAAUAUAUGGAUGAAUUGCAAGAUAUUGGUGAAGUGUAUCUCUGGUUUGCUAAACGUGAUAGUCCAUUGACUAAGGUAAUUAUGGCUCAAGGCUCUUUAUAGAUUUACUCCUCCCCU